GCUUGAGCUUCCUGCUUGGGGGAAGAGGACGAAUGCUGAUAAAAGGGAGUCCAGAGGGCUUGGGGAAGCCGCAGUGCCUAGGAGCCACAAAUCUCCGCGCCUCCUCUCGCCUCACGAAACCGCUCCCGCUCCCCAUCGCUGCGCUCUCCUUGCCGCUAUGAGCCACUCGCCCAGCCCAGCCGCCCGCGUCCCGGGUCCUUCUAGUUCUCUUUGCGCGCUGCUAGCGCUGCUGCUGCUGCUGCUGACGCCACCGCGGCCCCUCGCCAGUGCUGGUCCUGUCGCGGCCGUGGUGAGAGAACUGCGUUGCAUGUGUUUAACAAUCACACCGGGGAUUCACCCCAAAAUGAUCAACAGUCUCCAGGUGAUCUCCGCAGGACCGCAGUGCCCCAAGGUGGAAGUAGUAGCCUCCCUGAAGAACGGGAAGGAAGUCUGUCUGGACCCAGAAGCCCCUUUAAUCAAGAGAGCCGUCCAGAAAAUUUUGGACAGUGGAAACAAGAAAACUGUUUAAGAAUCAAGCAUUGGAAAAAUUGUGCAGGCUUCCACACAGCUGUUUUCUGAGAGUCCCUGGACCCAGUGAAUAUAAGAAGUGAGGGUUGAUUUUCUCCAUCAGUCAGCUUUCUUCAUGGAUUCCCCACUUGGAGAGGGGGAAGAAAGAAAAAAAAGCAAAACUAUGCUUAUCCCUGCAUUUUUCUGCUGAGGUUAUUAAUUAUUUAACAUAGUAUUUCCUGCUAUUUAUUUGCUAUUUUAUCUGUUAUGUUAUUGAAGUCUUUGGCAGUUGACUAAAUUGUAAGAAAUCACUGGUUGUUAAUCUUUCAAAGCAUCUUUAAUUAAAGAAGAUUAUUGUAUUUCUAGAAUAUAUUCCUUACAGUGUUACUGAAGAGGCUGUGGAUUUAAUAUGUAAAUAAUAUUUCAUUAGAAUGCUGUUGAUAGAGAUAAACUUUUAUCCUCACUCAUCAUGAAAUGAGGAAUAUUUUGAUAUCGUUUCUUAAGGAAUAUGUUAGGAAACUUGGGAUGCUACUUAAGUUUUAUUGUAUUAGAAAGCAGGGUGCAUGAUACAGUUAUUUGUGUAGAACGUAUUUCUUUAUUUAGAAUUCCUAAAUGUUUAAGUUCUGUAAGAACUAAUGUAUUCUUGUCCUAUAACUAGACAUUUGAUGUCUUCUUAGUAUGACAUAAUGUCAUGACUUACACAUGAACUUUGAUUUUAUGUGCUAUUUACACAUAUUUUCUUAUGAGUGCUAUAGUUCUAGCCACUAAACAUAUGGAUGGACAAAAAAGCUAGAGAACAGGUAAAUUCCUGAUUUCUAGUUUUUAUAAAAGUGCCUUCUUUUGGAUUUUUUUUAAAGUAAAAGCAAACAAUCUCUGUACUCUGAAAAUUUUGAAAACAUAUUCAAACUUUUUAAAUAUGUAUUUAUUUAAUCUUCCAAAAAUACACAGCAUUGCUAGGAUUCUUAGAUGCUUGAGCGGUAUCUUCUUAAGGUUUUGGCCAUUUUGCUAUAAGAUAAUAUAUAUAUAUAUAUAUAUAUAUCACAUUCACCAUAUUAAAAUUGCAUUUUUUAACUGUGCCUUAUUGGUUUAUAGCACUUAUUUUGUUCUUUGAAAAAAAAAUAAAAGAUUUUUAAAUUCA